CACCUCGUGGAACACAUUCCGGUUGGAACUGCGACUAGCGAAGGCUUUCUAGGAGAUAAGUUUGUUUCGGGCUUAAACUUGGUGAAAAAGCGUCAGAGAUGCUUGUUUUAUUUGAAACCGCUGCUGGUUAUGCAAUAUUUAAAGUCCUCGAUGAGUCAAAGCUCCAAGAGGUGGACAGUUUAUGGAAGGAGUUCGAGACUCCGGAGAAGGCCAACAAAGUGUGAGUUAUGGCCCCAUGUCUGGAGAGAGGAGUGUUUAGAUUCGAGGGGAAUACGUUGUCAAUGAACAGUAGUCUUACACAUUAUCAGCAUUUUGUCACCAAAAGCACUCACAAACUUCUACAGAUGCACAAUCGAGAGCAUCCUGGCGGGCUGUAUCACCGCCUGGUACGGCAACUGCUCCGCCCUCAACCGUAAGGCUCUCCAGAGGGUAGUGAGGUCUGCACAACGCAUCACCGGGGGCAAACUACCUGCCCUCCAGGACACCUACACCACCCGAUGUUACAGGAAGGCCAUAAAGAUCAUCAAGGACAUCAACCACCCGAACCACUGCCUGUUCACCCCGCUAUCAUCCAGAAGGCGAGAGUGAAGUUGAAGCACUUUGAGAAAUUCCAGGACACAACAGAGCAGCUCUGCUGGAUGACCUGGACAAGGAGCUCAACAACUACAUCAUGCGCUGUAGGGAGUGGUACGGCUGGCACUUCCCUGAGGUGGGGAAGAUCAUCACUGACAACCUGGCCUACUGCAAGAGUGUCCGGAAGAUAGGCGCUCGUACCAACGUGGCAACCACCGACCUGUCUGAGCAUCUCCCCGAGGAGGUGGAGGCAGAGGUCAAACUGGCUGCAGAGAUCUCCAUGGGAACGGAGGUGUCAGAGGAGGACAUCGGCAACAUCAUGCACCUGUGUGACCAGGUGAUAGAGAUUACAGAGUACCGCACCCAACUGUACGACUAUCUGAAGAACAGGAUGAUGGCUAUCGCUCCCAACCUGACUGUCAUGGUGGGCGAACUGGUAGGGGCACAGCUCAUCUCACACGCUGGGUCCCUGUUGAACCUGGCCAAGCACCCGGCCUCCACAGUCCAGAUCCUGGGAGCAGAGAAGGCCCUGUUCAGAGCCCUGAAGACGCGCAGAGACACGCCCAAAUAUGGUCUCAUCUACCACGCCUCUCUGGUGGGACAGACCUCGGCCAAGAACAAGGGCAAGAUCUCCAGGAUGCUGGCAGCCAAAGCAUCUCUGGCGAUCCGCUACGAUACCCUGGGAGAGGACACAAACGCUGAGAUGGGAGUUGAGAACCGUGCCAAGCUGGAGGCCAGACUACGCCACCUAGAGGAGAAGGGAAUCAGAAGAAUCAGUGGAACAGGCAAAGCCAUGGCGAAGUCUGACAAAUACCAACACAAGAGUGACGUGAAGGUGUACGACCCCUCCGGAGACUCCACCCUCCCCUCUGUUUCCAAGAAGAGGAAGUUUGAGGAGGUGGAGGAGGAAGAGGUGGCCACACCGGUGACAGUCAAACCCAAGAAACCCAAGAAAGAACCUGUGGAAGAACCAGAGGCUUCAACGGCAGCAGAAGAAACUCCCAAGAAGAAGAAAAAGAAGUCUAAGAAAGCCGAGGAGGACGUAAAGGAAGAGGAAGAGGAGGCGACCGUCUCUCCCACAGAGGAAUCGUCAAAGAAGAAGAAAAAGAAGAAAAAGGUCAAGGAGGAAGAGGGAGAUUAAUCUGGUUGGGGAGAAACUGUAUUAUAUUAGAACUUUUAGUUGUGGUUGUAUCUACCAGGGCCAGACUGACUCGUGUAUCUGACCGUUUAAAGACUAGAGAACUGGAGACGGAGGUUAUUUCAGACCAGCAGCUGAUCUGUUAUGAGACUUGAUGAUGUAUCUGACCGUUUAAAGACUAGAGAACUGAAGACGGAGGUUAUUUCAGACCAGCAGCUGAUCUGUUAUGAGACUUGAUAUAAAUCCUCCUGUGGAUUUGAGUUUAAGAUGAACCUUUUACUGUACUGUAACUGUUUACUGUAACCUCUUAUUAUUACUAAUCAACUAAAGACCCAAUAGACUGUCUACAAUAUCAAUGUCCAUGUUAAAACACUUCCUUCCUCCACUGGUUUAACGAUGUGCCUUUUUUUAAAGAUGGGUUUUUCUGCUGUCUUUGUCCAUAAGUGAUUAAAUCCAUUUUCUCAGUCA